AUGGCCGCCGCACUCUUCUCCACCUCCCUCUCGCCCCGCUUCCUCGCCCUAUCCUCCCCGAAGCCCGCUGCGACCGUGGCCUCCGCCUUCCUCCCCUUCAGGCUGCCGCUGCGCGCUGUGUCGGCGCCGGGGAGGCGGGUGUUUGAGCCCGUGGCCGUCGCGGUGUCGUCCGAGUACGAGACCGAGGGCGCGGAGCAGGAGGAGGAGGGAGCCGAGGAGUUCUCCGAGGACCUGAAGCUGUUCGUCGGGAACCUGCCCUUCAGCGUCGACAGCGCGCAGCUCGCCGGGCUCUUCGAGCAGGCCGGCUCCGUCGAGAUGGUCGAGGUUGUAUAUGAUAGAAUGACUGGACGAAGCCGUGGAUUUGGAUUUGUGACAAUGUCUUCAGCUGAAGAAGCUGGAGCCGCUGUUGAGCAAUUCAACGGUUAUACAUUUCAAGGCAGACCACUAAGGGUGAACUCUGGGCCACCACCGCCUAGGGAUGACUCUGCACCAAGAGCACCAAGGGGUGGUGGUGGUGGUGGAAACUUUGUGGAUUCAGGAAACAAGGUCUACGUAGGGAACCUUUCAUGGGGUGUCGACAACUCAACGCUUGAGAACCUGUUCAGUGAGCAAGGGCAGGUGCUUGAUGCUAAGGUCAUCUAUGACAGGGAGAGCGGCAGGUCAAGAGGAUUUGGUUUUGUCACCUAUGGCUCUGCUGAGGAGGUCAACAAUGCCAUAUCAAACCUUGAUGGCAUCGACUUGGAUGGCAGGCAGAUCCGAGUCACAGUUGCGGAAUCAAAGCCAAGGCGUCAAUUUUGAAUUAUGUCAAUUUAGAGGUUAAUAGUGUGUUUUGCCAAGUGUUAGUUUCUAGCUUCUAUUCUUGCCUCCUUAUUAUGAGUAAAAAGAAGAUGCGAUAAUGAAAGGUUGGGAGUGAAAUUGUUGUAUACCGGGAGAUUUUCCCGGCCUGCAAUGAACACACGCUCUUAUGCUAAUUGCGCUUUCAAAGAAAGUAGAAAUCUUGAGAGAGUUGUGCCCACAUGCGAUACAUAGCAGCAGUCAAGAACAGAUGUGAGUUACGAUCUGACAUUUUUUCAGAAUGUUUGUGAUGGCAUGUAUCAUGCAUGAUCCAUCUGGAAAGUAAACUUAGUUUUUAUGUUUCA